AUGGAAUGCAUCGAGGACUUCAUGAAGGACAUGCGUAAAGCCGCAGAAUCGUCGAGCAAAGUAGUGGAGGAGCUUAUUGAGCAAGCCAAAUCGUCUCUAAAAGUAUUAAAGGAGCGAAAAGCAAAAUGUCAAUUGGAAUUAGAAGAGCUGAGACUUAAGGACAGUAAAUUCCCUAGGAAGGUGUCGAAAGGUGGCGGCGCGAAAAAUUAUGUUGAUUCUAAGACCACAGAGGAGGAACUCGUUAUGAACGGGUCAGAGAAGAGCGUUGACGAGGAGUCGAACAUGUGCAAUGAUGAUGUUGUCAAAAAAUAA